CUACCGUUGUAACACUCCCGCUCACUGUAGUUUGAAAUUCCGAACGAAUUUGCAGAAGCAGACACAGUAAUCUAUUCAUUCCAAAUCCAAUUACCAAUUCAUGGAAACACAAAGCUACAACUAACAGAAAAGGAGUGAUAAUAUCGUAUUAUCAUGGAUUCCGUUUCUAACAUUCCGCUUCUAGACGAAGACGAUUCGUUGCUCUUCGAUGAUUCAGCACCGGCCACCGCAGAUGUCUUCUCUUGCUCCCCUCUCAUACCUAUCAGAUCGAUUCCUCUUCAAACCGAAAACGGAGUUGCGGAUUCUGAAAAUCGAAAUUCCUCCGUUAGUGACAGUGCGAACAAAGAGAACGCGGAUUGGAACAAACUGCAGAAGCUUAGCUUGGAGCCUCAUCAAAUGAAGAAGAAGAAGAAAGGAGGCGGUUACAAUUUGCGCAAGAGCUUGGCGUGGAAUCGAGCUUUCUUUACUGAAGAAGGUGUUUUGAAUUCGGAGGAGCUUUCUAUGAUUAGUGGCACUGCCUCUUCUAAGUCAGGGUUGGAUUUGGAAGUGAUCCACGAAGAAGAGUACGUAGGUACAUCGUUAAAUUUGCAGGAGAUUGAAGAAAAUUUGUUUAUGCAUUCAUCCGAUGCUCUUCCUUUUGAAGAUAGAAAGAUUGGUGCUCGGUUUUCUCCAAAGCCUGCUGCAUUAGCCAAAGCUUCUACUGCCCCGGUUUCAUCGGCCAAGAGGAAAAUAAUUACUGUCAAUGACUCCGUUGGCAACAGACCUAAACGCAAUGCUUGUCCUCCACGGCUGCCAGUAGCUUCGUCCUCAUUAAAAAGACCUAGCACAGUGAAAGCGCCGAGUAAAGAAGUGAAAGUCGCCAGGACACCUGGUCCUAAAUUGGAUGUUUCUGCCAGUACAACAACUGCUAGGAGUCGAAUCUUGACCUCAGGUUUCUCCAAGAGAAAUCAGAAUGCACCUCCUGCCACUAAUCCUCUGAAGCACGCUGGAGUAAAAGCCUUGUCAAAAAAUCCUAAAACCAUCCCAAGUAACCCUAAGGUUGUUCAUGCUGAUAAAGGUUCGGUUACCAGAACACUAGCCACGCCAGUUGGGAAACACUUGAAUAACUCAGUUGAAACACAUCCACCAGCCAGAAAGAUUCAGUCAGGAACUGAAGCAAAUAAGGUGUCAGAAACUAGUCUCUCACGAGGCCCAUCUGACGUUAGUGAGAAAAAGCAAGAGACACAACUUCAAACAACAAAAUUAUCAGGCCUGCGGAUGCCAUCUCCCUCACUGGGAUUCUUUUCUAUAGCAAAAGCUCCCAGUUCACAUAGCCAAUUACAGAAAACUUCUAAACCUUGCAAGCCUGCUAAGAGUAACAUUCUUAAAUUACAGAAUUUAGAAACAAAUUCUGUUAAUGAGGCAAGACUCAAACAUGCACCUGCGAUGAGGUCUGAAAUUGUCAAAGGGAAGAAUUGCACUGAGGAGUUAAGCCUUUUAGAUGAAAAGUCAGAAUUGAGCAUGCAAGUGGAUGAUAAGCAGAUGACUUGUGUAGAAGCGAAAGAUAAUUCUGUGGGCUCUGAAAAAAUAAGCAAGCAAGAAAAUGUUGAAAACAUUCUUGGUAAUGUCAACGUAACAUACGAGGAACACGGAGAACUAUGUAGCAGUAAUAAUGCUUCUAGCGUGGAGGAUGCGGUAUUUCCUAGACAUGAAAAAAAGCUUCUUUCAGAGAGUCACGCUCAAGUGCAAUUGGAGAAAGAAACUGGUCAGCCUGAUGUUUCGUUAAAAGGGUAUCAAUCUGUAUUGCAGCAACGACUAUCGAUGCACCAUCAUGGUGGUGCUGCUGAUCUUGUUAAAAGUGGAGGAGAUGCUCAAAAACAUUUGUUGAAAUGGAAUCUCUCAGUCAAUUGUAGUGAAACGACCGAAAGUAAUUUAGAGGCAGUUAAUCAACAGUUCCAGGGGGAACAACUUAAGACUACAAGUGCUGUUAGGGUGGGGGAAAUCAUGUCAACAAGAGAAAGUGAAUCUCAUGUAAAUAGUUGUCAGAAGUCUGCACCAGAAAUCAAAUGUGCUGCUGCAAGUGAACCAAAAAUAGAGAGAACAAUUUUAUUUGAGGGUGCAUUAUGUGAUAUGUAUACAAGUGAAAACAGUGCUUCCAAUAAUCAUAGUCAGGCUAUGCCUGAAAACAAAGAUGGAAAUAUUUGUAUGGAUGAUUUGCCAAUCGAUGAUGCAAAAGAAGGUUAUUCUAACAUGUUGCCUUUAGAUGAAUUUCAACUCAAUGGCAACAUUCAGAAAAUGUCUGAAAACAAAGAUGGAGAUCUUGAUAUGGAUGAUGUCAAAGACGGUUCUUCUGAUAUAUUGCCUCUAGUUGAAGUUCAACUCGAUGACAACAUUCAGGCCAUUACUGAAAACAAUGGAAGAAAUCUUGAUAUGGAUGAUUUGCAAACGGAUAAUGCAAAAGAAGGUUCUUCUGACAUGUUUCUUUCAGUUGAAGUUCAAGUCAAUGACAACAUUCAUGAUAUGUCUGAAAACAGUGAUGGAAACAUUGAUAUGGAUGAUUCAAAAGAAUGUUCUUCUGUCAUAUUGCCUUUAGUUGAAGUUCAACUCAGUGACAACAUUCAGAAAAUGUCUGAAAACAAAGAUGGAAAUCUUGAUAUGGAUGAUGUCAAAGACGGUUCUUCUGAUAUAUUGCCUCUAGUUGAAGUUCAACUCGAUGACAACAUUCAGGCCAUGACUGAAAACAAUGGAAGAAAUCUUGAUAUGGAUGAUUUGCAAACGGAAAAUGCAAAAGAAGGUUCUUCUGACAUGUUUCUUUCAGUUAAAGUUAAAGUCAAUGACAACAUUCAGGAUAUGUCUGAAAACAGUGAUGGAAACGUUGAUAUGGAUGAUUCAAAAGAAUGUUCUUCUGUCAUAUUGCCUUUAGUUGAAGUUCAACUCAGUGACAACAUUCAGGCUAUUUCUGAAAACAAUGAUGAAAUUCUUGACAUGGACAAUGCAAAAGAAGGUUCUUCUGAUAUAUUGCCUCUAGUUGAAGUUCAACUGGAUGACAACAUUCAGGCCAUGUCUGAGAACAAUGAAAGAAAUCUUUUUAUGAAUGAUGCAAAAAAAGAUUCUUCUGACAUGUUGCCUUUAGUUGAAGUUCGAGUCAAUGACAACAUUGUGGAUGUGUCUGAAAAUAGUGAUGGAAAUCAUGAUAUGGAUGAUUCAGAAGAAUGUUCUUCUGACAUAUUGCCUUUAGUUGAAGUUCAACUCAUUGACAACAUUCAGGCUAUUUCUGGAAACAAUGAUGAAAAGCUUGACAUGGACGAUGCAAAAGAAGGUUCUUCUGAGACAUUGCCUCGAGUUGAAGUUCAACACGAUGAAAAUAUUCAGGCCAUGUAUGAAAACAGUGAAAGAAAUCUUUAUAUGGACGAUUUGCAAGUGGAAUAUGCUAAAGGUUCUUCUGACACGUUGCCUUUAGUUGAAGUUCAAGUCAGUGACAACAUGCAGCAUGUGUCUGAAAACAAUGAGGGAAAUCUUGAUAUGGAUGAUUCAAAAGAAUGUUCUUCGGACAUAUUGCCUUUAGUUGAAGUUCAAGUCAAUGACAACAUUAUAUCUUCUGAACGCAUUUCUUCUUCAGCAGUGAACAAAGAUUCUUUUGCAGAUGUAGUUGCCUGGAAACCUGAGGAGCGUUGUUCUUUAAGUGAAAGUUCAAAUUUACCAGCUUCAGAUCAUCUAACCUUCAACCUAGAUGAAUUUUCCGAUACUGACAUGCUAUAUCAGUCCAAAGGUGGCAUUUACUUUGCAGAAGACAACAGAAAAAUAAUUCACUUACAUGAAUCUGCUGCUAAAAGCAAGCAGGAAGUUCUUACAGGGAAUCUUCCAACAAAUGCUGCUCCAUUUUCUGAUGAAUGGUUUACUGCAAUCGAUUCCGCUGAACAGAAGUUGAAUCAAAAUCCCCCCCGUGGAGAUAGGCGGGAAACUGUUGCUUGUGAUACUGAGCUUCGAGAUGAUGGUUCUUCUAGGGAUGCUUCUAUUCAGCAUCAUGUUCACGGUGAUGUGACGGGAAACAUUGAUCAACAAACUAGCACGAGUACAUAUUCUAAAGCUGAAGAAAUGCUUUGUGAGUACAAGAGUUUGGAGGCAAAUCAUGAUGACGUGGUUGAUCACAAUCAAUUUUCUGAAGUAUGUGAAGAUUUCAUUUCAAACACCAAAGAUUCUAUGGGCAGUGGAGCAGAAAAACCUUCUGACCAUAUACAGCAUUCACUAUUGGGUCAGUUUGUCGACGAAUUUAAUCAGACUAACAGAGAAAUUGAGGAAUCACAUUUGACCACACAAGUGCAGUCACUUACUGAAAACCCAGUGUUAUACAACUGCAACAGUAAACAAUGUCUUGCUGUUUCUUAUGGUAAGUUUCCAUUGGCCGCCAGUGACAAUGUAAAUGAAAAUUCUCAAGAUCCUGAUUUUCAAGGGCCUUGUGCUAUUGUUGGUGUAGAUUUCCAGAAUGUUGAUGACAUACAGUUACCCUUGGAUGGUAAUUGGCUGUCCACAAAUACAGCUUCUUCUGAAGAAACCAAGAAAACAAAUUUGUCUGAAAAUGCAUUAAAAGGAUGUGAUGUCCGUACAGGUGAGUACAAGGCUUCCAAUGACCAUAUUCAGGCCAUGCCUGAAAACGAAGAUAGAUAUCUUUAUGCGGAUGAGAGGCGAGAGCAUUUGCAAACGAAUGGUGCAAAGAAAGGUUCUUCAGACAUAUUGCCAGCAGUUGAAGUUCAACUCAAAGACAACGUUGUAUCUUCUGAAUGCAAUUCGUUUAUAGAAGAGAGCAAAGACUCCUUUACAGAUGAAGUUGCUUGGAAACCUGAAGAGCAUCGUUCAAGUGAAAGUUCAAGCUUACCGGCUUCGGAUAAUCUUGCCUCCAACAAGAGAGUCCAGCAGGUCUGUGAAAUUAGUUUGUUGAACUCUACAACUUUUUCAGAAGAAGCUGGAACUAAUAUUUUUGAGAAAGACGAGUCUCCUAAUACCGACAUGGAGCACCAAUCAAAAGGUGACAUUAAUUAUGCAGAAGACAGCAACAAAAUAAUUCAUUUGCAGGAAUCCGCAACUCAAAGCAAGCGGGAAGUUCCUACAUUGAAGCCUCCGCCAAAUGCUGCUCCAUUUUCUGAAGAAUGGUUAGCUGCAAUUGAAGCCGCCGGAGAGGAGAUCUUAACGAUGAAAGGCGGUGCUGUACAAAAUUCUCCCACUGAGAAGCCUCAGCACGAACCUGGUCCUUGGUCCCCGGUGAGACGUAAGAAUCAAUCAAUUGGACCCUUUGAUUGUACCAAACACAAUAUCCAGCCUUCCAGUUCAUAAUGACAAAACUGAGAUUCAGUCCUUAGUAAAUUACUAACCAAUUUUUCUGCUACGCAUAUAGAAUUGCCGGUUACCAGAAUCAUGCCAUAGUCUGAAGAUGCCCGAUAAAUAAAUAGUAAAUAGUAUCCUGAUUCAGAUUGUUCUCGAAUUGUAAAUGAUAUUUUUUCUUCUACUUAUUACAAAGAACUUUUUGAUUUU